GGGAAUGGGAGGGGCGGAGUCACAAUUAGAAGAAAAAAAAAACAGGCUGUGAUUGGCUGAGCGCAGAGGCGCACGUGCUCCUGCUCUACUCCUGCCGCCUGCGCGGUUCAGAGCCGCACAACAAGCUCCUCGAGCUCCACACAGGCGAUAAAGUCCUCACGCGCGCUGUCCGUUCGUCCGUCCUCCCGUUAACGAGCCAACUGAACGAGCAGCAACCGACACCGACGGCCGCCAUGAAGGAACAGACGCGUCUCGUCCUUUGGCUGCAACUUUUCACGGCCUGCCUGGUGUUCGGGGCGAACGGUGAUUUCUGCAAGGUGAACGUGUGCAUUAAUGGAGGAACCUGUGUGACCCGGACAGGAGCUCCCUUCAUCUGCAUCUGCCCCGACGGCUUCUCUGGAGACACCUGCAACGAGACGGAGACCGGGCCGUGCAACCCCAACCCGUGCAAGAACGAUGGCGUCUGCGAGGUGACGGGCACCUCCCGCCGAGGCGACGUCUUCAGCGAGUACGUCUGCAAGUGCCAGCCGGGCUUCGACGGAGUCCACUGCCAGGACAGUGUCGACGGGGCAGAUUUCAGUUCGAGAACAGAUGUGAACGACUGCGCCGUCCAGCCGUGUGGGAAUGGAGGCGCCUGCCGGGACCUGGAAGGCGAUUUCAAAUGCCACUGCCCGUCCCCGUAUGUGGGCAAACGUUGCCAGCUGCGCUGCAUUUCUCUGCUCGGCAUGGAGGGAGGGGGCAUCGCUGAGUCCCAGAUUUCUGCCUCUUCAGUCCGUUACACCAUGCUGGGCCUGCAGCGCUGGGGACACGAGCUCGCCCGCCUUCACAACAAGGGGCUGGUUAACGCCUGGAGCGCCGCUGCUCACGACAAGAACCCAUGGAUACAGAUCAACAUGCAAAGAAAGAUGCGCUUCACAGGUAUCGUGACGCAGGGCGCCAGUCGUAUCGGAACCUCCGAGUUCAUUAAGGCCUUCAAGGUGGCCUCCAGCCUGGACGGCAAGACGUACAACAUUUAUAGGACCGCCGGACAGAGGAAGGACAAUGUGUUUGUGGGAAACGUGGACAACGACAGCACCAAGACCAACCUGUUCGACCCCCCGAUCAUCGCCCAGUACAUCCGCAUCAUCCCUGUGGUGUGUCGCAAGGCCUGCACCAUGCGCAUGGAGCUGGUGGGCUGUGAACUCAACGGUUGUUCGGAGCCGAUGGGCAUGAAGUCCCGGUUGGUGUCCGACCGCCAGAUCACGUCCUCCAGCACCUUCCGCACCUGGGGCAUAGAGGCCUUCACCUGGCACCCUCGCUACGCCCGGCUGGACAAACAGGGCAAGACUAACGCCUGGACCGCCGCCACCAACGACCAGUCGCAGUGGCUGCAGGUGGACCUAGGGUCUCCCAAGAAGAUCACAGGGGUCAUCACACAAGGGGCCAAGGACUUUGGCUCCAUCCAGUUUGUCACCGCCUUCAAAGUGGCUCACAGUGACGACGGGCGGUCCUGGACUAUCGUGAAGGACGAGACCUCCGGGACAGACCAGAUCUUCCCGGGAAACGGCGACAACAACGUGCACAAACAGAACCUCUUCGAGCCCUCGUUCUACAGCCGCUACGUCCGCAUCCUGCCGUGGGAGUGGCACGAGCGCAUCACCCUGCGGAUGGAGCUCCUGGGCUGUGACGAGUAGCGCCGUCCAGGUCCAACCCCCCUCCCUCCCCUCCUUUCUCUACCUCCUCCUCCCACCCACCCCUUCCCUCCUCCUGAGCCACACCUGCACUGCCUUGCUCUCAGCCCUAGGGGGCAGCAAACACCAGAGUAGCACACAACCCCCCCUCCCCCCUCUCCUCCCUCCCUGGCUGGUUGGAGGUGGGAGAUGUUGCCCUUCACCACUGUUACCAGGACCCUGGUUGAGUUCAGCUCACGGCGUCCGCUCUUUGUUUCGUUUCCUGACUCGAUCGCUCGUCUUCUUUUCCACCUGGACCAAAAUCUGUGAUCAAUUUAUAGAAAACGACAAUAUAUCUUCUUUGUCACUGAGCUGGGGUCAGAUUAUUCACCCUAAAUGAAAGGUGGUGACUCCCUGGGUCUCCGGUCGUGCGGGAGGGGGGGGGUAGGUGCUGCCUAGACUCUGAUCCUAGAUCAGUUCUACCUGGAACCUUGAACAUCCAAGACCCUCCUCGCCUGGUGAUGUACAUAAACUUGUCAGCUUUCUCACGUCCGAUAACCAAACGCUUCCCCUCCAGACAUGCAGAAUAUAAAUUAUGUUCUGAUGAUGCAUCGAAGCUUUCGAUCGAUUCUUCUUCAUCAAAAAAGUUAAUCUGCACAUAAUAUAUAAUUUAAAUAUUGUCGUCAAGCCUUGUUUUAUUUAAAUCUGGUAAACAAAAACAUGCUCGUUGCUCUUUAGUUGGAAAGACUAGCAAGUGAUACCAAAUAGUUUACAAUAUAUUUGCCAUAUUUUUGUUUAAAAAGUAAAUAAAUAAGAGACUUAAAAUCUCUUUUCAGUAUUUCUCUGCAGUGGUUUGACCGUGAACUCCUCAGUUCACGUUUCUCUUUCGGGACUUUAGUUUGAACUGCUUUAGAGGUUUACACACCAACAUGUCAACAAAGUAUUCACUCCGCCGCCAACAUCCCAUAAUUUACACUAUUUCACACUAUUUCUAUUCCUCUUCAAAGCCAAGAGGCCUCUUUUUGGCUUCCGGCCAAAUCAAACUCUUCUUGUGCCAACGCACCCUCACAUCUUUGGUUUCUGUGGGUUCAUUAAGACAAAAAAAAAAUA